UGCAAAAGGACAUAUGGAACAUAGGAUCAAUGUGACUGAGUUUGUCCUCUUGGGGCUCACUCAGAGCCUCCAAGGUCAGAAAAUAUUAUUUGUUGUGUUCUUGCUCAUCUACAUUGUGACAAUGGUGGGCAACCUCCUCAUUGUGGUGACCGUGGUGGUCAGUCCAACCCUGGAUUCCCCUAUGUAUUUCUUUCUUGGUUACUUAUCAUUUAUGGAUGCUGUGUAUUCAACUACAGUCACUCCAAAUAUGAUUAUAGACUUACUCUAUGAGAAGAAAACCAUUUCCUUCCAAGCUUGCAUGUCCCAGCUCUUUAUAGGACACUUGUUUGGUGGUGCAGAGAUUUUACUCCUGGUGGCCAUGGCCUAUGACCGCUAUGUGGCCAUCUGCAAACCCUUGCAUUAUUUGACCAUCAUGAAUCAACGGGUGUGUGUUUUGUUGCUGCUGUUGGCCUGGGUUGGAGGUUUUUUGCAUGCUGUUGUUCAACUUCUCUUUGUUUACAACCUUCCCUUCUGUGGUCCCAAUGUCAUUGACCACUUCAUCUGCGACAUGUACCCAUUAUUAAAACUUGCCUGCACUGACACUUACGUUAUUGGCCUCACUGUGGUUGCCAAUGAUGGGGCAAUCUGUGUGGUCAUCUUUACGGUCUUGCUCAUCUCCUAUGGGGUCAUUCUGCACUCUCUGAAGAACCUUAGUCAGGAAGGGAGGCGCAAAGCCUUAUCCACCUGUGGCUCCCACAUUACAGUGGUGGUCCUCUUCUUUGUCCCCUGCAUCUUCAUGUAUGUGAGACCUCCUUCUACCUUACCCAUUGAUAAAUCCUUGACUGUAUUUUACACAGUUAUCACUCCUAUGUUGAACCCCCUAAUCUAUACUCUGAGAAAUGGAGAGAUGAAAAAUGCCAUGAAGAAGCUCUGGAAAAGAAGAAGAAAAUGA